CAACUGCUACCUGAAAAAACCCAGCUUUGCAAACCACCUGCUACCAGAACCGGGAGACUCUAUUUAUAUGUGUCAAAACUCAAAAGCAUGGUCGAUGAAACCGUACUGGAGAUCGUACCGGAAAAGUCAGUGAUAGAGUAUUUUAUGACAAAAUCGUGGUUUAACCGUAGUUCAACCGUUAGUACCGUUAAAUACCGCCUAUCGGUUUAGCCUCCGAUACUGAUAUUUUGUGGUUGAACCGUCGGUACGGUACGGUUUAAUGGACCAUGGUCAAAAGCCACAAUGAUGACUAAACUAUGUUUAAUGUAACAUAAUAGUCAUUGAAAUUUCCAAAUGUAUUAAAGUGGUCGUUGCUCAAAAUGGCAGCAAAAUGAUAAUUUUUUCUAAUUUCAUUCAAGUGGAUCGAAUCAAUAAGCGAAAAGAAGUGACAUAUGAGAGACGACACACCCUUGUUGGCACCUUAUCAACGUACCCGAUGCAAGAGGACCCAACCUAAAAUUCCAUGUUAGGCCAAACUAAACUGUACAGACCCCUUAUAUGGAUAAAAAAAGAUCGAGAUGUUACAUAAGGUUUCGAUGAUGUUGAAGUUAUGUAUCUUAUAACUUAUAAGGGAUACUCAUUAUGCGGACUAAAGGAGACACAAUAAAAAAAAAACUUCCAUGAAUGUGUCUGGGCAAUUCUGAUCCAGAGGUCGAGCUCACUCUACGAUAUAUUUUAGAAGGACAUUGAUGAAUCGUAUUUGGUCUGGUAGUGUGAAGUAGCUAAAUCGGUGGACGUUGGUCGACACAUAUAAAUGAUUCAUAUUCUUCUCCUCAAAGUACCAGAAAAGUCGCAAUAGAUAGAACACCAGUAUUCGUAAUUUUACAAUCUUAAAUUGAGUAUACUACGUUAAUACUUCCUUAAUAAGAUUUAUUAGUAAAAUACGGUACGGGAAAGUUACGUAAAAAACACGUACGGGUAUUUUACGUCGUCUCUAAGCUAAAGGUACGUUUAAUAGUACGUUAAUAGUAAUAAAUAUAUAAAAAUAAAUUAUUUUAAAAAUAAAUAAAUAUAUAAAUAAUAGUAAAUUUCACAAUUUAAUUCAUUAAAUACGGAUAUUAAACGUGUUAUACGGGUUUUAUACGUGUUUAGUACGGGAGCAAUCCAAUGAACGGAAAAAAAUGAAACGACUUGACAAUAAUACGAAGACGGAAGUUUUAAACGGAUAAAGUACGUACGGGUACAUAUACGUGUAUUAAACGGAGUAUUUACUAACUAUAUUAUCAAGAUUUGAAUUUACAAAAAGGUUUUAAAGGAAUCCGGACCCAACCUAUAAAAAAAACAACUAGUUUCGUUCUGGUGAAAAACUUGUAAUACGAUGCCGUAUACGACUGGCGACCUAAAGGGUUUUAGGCGGCAGCUUCGUUACACUCUCGGUUUGAGGUUCUUCUUCAGCACUCCCCCCAUUCUCCGUAGCUCCGAUAUGGCUUCGAUUUGCAGGUCCGCUGUAAUGGCGGGCUCAAGGUCCUUAGCUGCGCGUUCCAGAACCUUAGCCCAGAAGUCCGCCUUCUCGUCCUCUCCUUUCACUUCUCCUUCCCCGACACGAAUCGUCCGAAGCGCUUCCAGGGUUGUUUCAGCUAUUGGGAGCGUAGAUUCAUUGUUACCUUUUCAUAGUGCCACGGCGAAUGCUCGGCUUAUAUCAAGCAUUGCUGCGGAUUCCUCUUGCUGGAGCAUGCUUUCUGAAGGCCUUGCAACAACUUUAUGACCGUCGUGCUGGUCUGUGCUGGAUAAUGAAUGCCAAAAGGAGUUUGCAACGCCAGUAUAGCCACAUCGGAACUGAACUCUUAGGAAGGACAAACACUUACUUCAAUUUUCCUUUUCUUUUGUAAGUCGUGUUCACUGACCUUGUCUUUUCAGUAUGUAUUUGGCUUUGCCACUCCAUCCGUGAAGAGAGUUUCCAUUCCUUUUGGAUGAUCAACGAUUGUUCGUUGUGGUGUAUGGAGUUUUGUAAUAAUGAUGUUUCUUUCUCGUUGACUGGUUGAACAAUGCCUCUACUAGGUAUGCACUAGGCAGUUCUUUAGUUCGAAGCCGUGGUCUCCUGUGGUACCUCUGAAAUGAAAUCUUAGGUCCCAU